AUGUCUGACGAGUCAUACAGGCCCGCUCUCCAGUCGUAUACAGCUCCUCAAGAAAUCCUUGACGAGCACGCAGAGCUCGCCGAUCAAGAUGACACACCAGACGUCUUCGAGGACAACGCAAGGUCAAAGCAAGUCGCCGCUCGACAAAGUGAUUAUCAUCUUCGACGAUUCAACAGGGCUGACGGACAGGGCGAAGGUGAAGAUGAGAGCUACGAGGAUAGGAUGAGGAGGAUAAAUUUGCAGAGGGAAGAGGAAAGGGUUAGACGUCAUAAGGAGCAAUUGGAGAAGGAUAAGAAUGAAGACGAGAAGAUGGUUUUAGAUGAUAAGACACCACCUAGAGCUUUGGCUGGAGAUGAGACGCCCCCCAGAGCAAUAGCAGGUGGUGACACACCUCCAAGGGAUACUACACCACCAAAGAAGAAGAGAAGAUGGGAUGUGGAAGAGGUCAAGGAGGAACCCGGAGCGGAACCAGCUGCAGCACCAAAACGUAAAUCCCGAUGGGAUCAAACACCUUCGGAAGCUGCACCAGAGGUCAAGAAAUCUAGAUGGGAUCAAACACCCGCAGCAUCUGCUACCACCUCCGCUAUCACUUCCACUCCCUCUGUCGGCGGUAUGAUGAUGGUGGAAGAUAAGCGAUAUAGACGUAUGACGGAUGAAGAGUUAGAUGGGUUGCUUCCAGGUGGAGAAGAAGGUUAUGAGAUCGUACCGGUACCAGAUGAUUAUCGACCUGCUCCCUCGGUCAGAAAGAUGGUCCCAGCCACAGCGGAACAUGGGUUCAUGAUGCAAGAUGAUUCCGAUGCUGCCAGAGCUCGUUCUGCAGCUGGUGGUAUGCAAGGUUCGCAAGAACAAACGGAGAUUGAAGGUAUCGGAACCUUGCAAUUCUUGAAACCUGAGGAUACUCAAUACUUCGCAAAGGUUCUGGGAGAAGGUGGUGGUGAAGAUGAUGAUAACUCUUAUACAUUGGAAGAACUUAAGGAGAGGAAAAUCAUGCGAUUACUCCUCAAAAUCAAGAAUGGUACACCACCCGUUAGAAAGACAGCUCUUCGUCAGAUCACCGAUAGAGCAAGAGAAUUCGGUGCUGGUCCAUUGUUCGACAAGAUUCUUCCUUUGCUCAUGGAACGUACACUCGAAGAUCAAGAAAGACAUCUCUUGGUCAAGGUCAUUGAUCGAGUACUGUACAAGCUAGAUGAUUUGGUCCGACCCUAUGUUCACAAGAUUCUGGUCGUUAUUGAACCUCUACUUAUCGAUGAAGACUAUUAUGCGCGAGUGGAAGGUCGAGAAAUCAUUUCCAAUCUUGCUAAAGCUGCCGGUCUCGCUCAUAUGAUCUCCACAAUGCGACCUGAUAUCGAUCACGUCGACGAGUACGUACGAAACACCACUGCUCGAGCUUUCUCCGUUGUUGCUUCCGCUCUCGGUAUUCCCGCUCUUCUUCCUUUUCUUCGAGCUGUCUGUCGGUCGAAAAAGUCUUGGCAAGCUAGACAUACCGGUAUUCGAAUUAUUCAGCAAAUCGCCAUCAUGAUGGGUUGUGCUGUAUUACCUCAUCUUCGAAAUCUUGUCGAUACCGUUGCCGAUGGUCUUCAAGAUGAACAACAAAAGGUCAGAACGAUGACCGCUCUGUCCCUCGCCGCUCUUGCCGAAUCAGCUGCUCCAUAUGGUAUCGAAUCUUUCGACAACGUGCUCAAACCUUUAUGGUUGGGUAUCCGACAACAUCGAGGAAAGACUUUGGCGGCGUUCCUCAAAGCUAUCGGUUAUAUCAUUCCCUUGAUGGAUCCCGAGUAUGCUGGAUACUAUGUUAGAGAAUGUAUGCCGAUCCUAAUCCGAGAAUUCCAAACAUCCGACGAAGAGAUGAGACGUAUCGUAUUGCAAGUCAUCAAGCAGUGUGCUUCUACCGAAGGUGUUACUCCAACUUACAUCAAGGAAGAGGUAUUACCGGAAUUCUUCAAGGCUUUCUGGGUCAGACGUAUGGCUCUUGAUAAACGAAACUACAAGCAACUGGUCGAAACUACCGUAGAGCUCGCGCAGAAGGCUGGUGUAUCAGAGAUCGUCGGAAGGAUAUGUAAUGACUUGAAAGACGAGUCCGAACCAUAUCGAAAAAUGGUCAUGGAGACCAUCACGAAGGUUAUUGCAAGUAUCGGUGCAGCGGAUGUAGAUGAACGACUAGAAGUACUUCUCAUCGACGGUAUCAUUUUCGCUUUCCAGGAACAGACACUGGAAGAUACCAUCAUGUUGGAUGGUUUCGCUACUGUCGUCAACGCACUUGGUGAUCGAGUCAAGCCAUACUUGCCUCAGAUCGUAUCCAUGAUUCUCUGGCGAUUGACCAACAAGUCGGCGAAAGUUCGUAUGCUUGCUGCCGAUCUCACUUCUCGACUUGCACCCAUUAUCAAGAGUUCAGGCGAAGAUGGAUUGUUGAGUAAAUUAGGUGUAGUGAUAUUCGAACAGUUGGGUGAAGAAUAUCCGGAUGCUCUAGGAAGUCUUAUCGCCGCCGAGGGAGCCAUCGCAAACGUUGUCGGUAUGACCCAAAUGAACCCACCGGUCAAGGAUUUACAUCUGCUCAAAGCUCACAAAAAAGCUAUCCGACGAGCCGCUGUCAACUCUUUCGGUUAUAUCGCCAAAGCUAUCGGUCCUCAAGAUGUGUUGAGUGUUCUCUUGACUAAUUUGAAGGUGCAAGAGCGUCAGUCACGUGUCUGUAGUACUGUUGCUAUUGCUAUUGUUUCGGAAACUUGUGGACCUUUCACAUGUAUCCCUGCCAUCCUCAAUGAAUACAGAACCCCCGAACUUAACGUCCGAAACGGUUGUCUCAAAGCUCUCGCUUUCGUUUUCGAAUAUGUCGGUGAAAUGUCUAAAGACUAUAUACAUUCUGUCGUUGGAUUAUUGGAAGAUGCUUUGACGGAUCGAGACCAUGUACAUCGACAAACUGCAUGUGCCAUUGUCAAGCAUCUGGCUAUCGGUGUCGCUGGUCUCGGUUACGAAGAAGCUCUUACCCACUUGCUUAAUCUUGUCUGGCCAAAUAUCUUCGAGACGAGUCCUCACGUCAUAGGAGGUGUGAUGGAUGCGAUUGAAGCAAUGAGAUUGGGUGUAGGAGCUGGACCUAUCCUCUCAUAUGUUCUUCAAGGUCUUUUCCACCCUGCAAGGAGAGUAAGAGAGGUGUACUGGCGUAUGUACAAUACCCUUAUUCUCGGUGCAUCUGACGCCAUGGUCCCCUUCUACCCCAACCUCGGUUCUGCUGCGGAUCUGGCAACUGGACAGGACUAUACUAGACACGAACUUAUGAUGUGGGUUUAG